AUGACCAGGCCGCCGUCCUCUUCCUACCCCAGCCAGGUCCCGUCGCCAGCCGCCGUGAUUCCGCCGGAAAACAAGGAGAAAAGCUCCGGUUUUGACAGAAAAUUCGCCGGCUUCGUUCUCCGUCGUCCGGCCACCGAUUUCGGCAAGGUUCGGCCGGUUUUGGGUUCGCGAUUCCGGCCACUUCCGGUCAGUUUUUGGGGUACGUCCAAGAACAAAAGUGACUCCAAAUUAGGUGUUUUACCUAGGGUAGGAGUCAUGAGCCGUGAUUCGUGGUUUUUCCGGCGAUGCGAUAUCGCUUUGGACACCCACGCGCUGCCGGCGCGUGUGGCGGCGCGUGGGCACUGUAGUCGAGGGGCAAUUUUGUCCCAAUGUGAUCCUCAGGUUGUCAUGAGCGCGUAG